AUGCUGUUUCCCCAUCUUUUUUCCCCAAUAAAGGUUGAUUCACUAGAACUAAAAAACCGCGUCGUUUUGGCACCGCUUGAUGUCGGGCUGCACGAUCCAGAGGGACAAGUCACCGACCGUUAUAUAGACUUUCUGGUUGAGCGGGCAAAGGGCGAAACCAGCCUGAUCAUCACUGAAUUCACUUCCGUUUGGCCCGAACAACGUGUGAUUACUACAGCGGUUUGGGAUGAUAAAUUCGUCCCAGGGCUUACGCGCAUGGCAGAUGCAGUCAAAGAUGCUGGAUCCAAGAUAUUCAUGCAGAUCGCUGUACUGGGCGGAAAAUCUUAUGUUGAACCGUUUGCACCCUCCGCAAUCGAAAGCGAACUCUACACCGAGGUGCCGCGCGAAAUGACGGUGGAUGAUAUUAAAAGGGUGAUAGAAGCGUUCAUCUUGGGGGCAACGCGGGCGAAACGAGCCGGUUUCGACGGGGUGGAAUAUCACUGUGCACAUUCCUAUCUCGGUGGACAGUUUAUAUCGCCCCACACAAAUCAGCGGGAUGAUGACUAUGGCGGCGAUUUUGAACGGCGUAUGCGGUUCGGUGCCGAGAUUGUCACAGGGAUUAAGCAGGUCUGUGGUGAAGAUUUUCCGGUCGGUUUUAAGUUCAGUGCACACGAACAUCUUCAUGGCGGCGUGAAUGACCGAUACGACGAAGACGUGAAAGAUGACCUCCAUCUACAGAUUGCGGAAUAUAUGGAGAAUCUCGGUGUCGCCUACCUGCACGUAGCAACCACUUCCGCGACGAUUAUGCAAGUCAAAGGGUUCGUGGAAUGUACCCACCCAUCUGUGCCGCCGCUUUAUAUCAAGCCCAACACGCUGGUUGAUUUGGCAGAGGAAGUUAAGCAAAACGGUGCUAAAAUCCCCGUUAUUGCCACGGGCGGAAUUACUGACCCGGCACAUGCGGAGGAGAUUAUUGCGCAGGAACGCGCUGAUAUGGUCGCGCUUGGUCGUACGCUGAUCGCUGAUCCGCACUGGGCAAAGAAAGCACGUGCAGGCGAGAAUAUUGUUCCAUGUAUUCGAUGCAAUUUUUGCCACACCUUUGUGGUCAUGGAUCGCGGCGGCGUGCAGUGCACGACGAAUCCCAUCGUGGGCAGAGAAAAACUGAUUGCGUUCAACAAAACGGAUUCCCCCAAAAAGGUGGUCGUCGUCGGAGCAGGUCCCGGCGGUCUAGAGGCAGGUUUGCGUGCUAAGGAGAUGGGGCAUGAUGUUGUCGUAUACGAAAAACGGGAUGUGAUUGGUGGAGAGAUGAUUUCAGCAUCGAUCCCCGAUUUCAAGUGGGAUGUUAAACGUUUGCUCCAGUACUAUAUUACGGAAGUUCAGAAGGUCGGCUUAGAGGUUCGGACCAGCACGACCGUAACGCUGGACACACUAAAAGCCGACGCUCCGGAUGUAGUUAUCCUUGCGACAGGCGGCGAGGCGAUUAUUCCAGAUAUCCCGGAAUUGAUGGAGACAAUGUUAUCACCGGCAUUGAUGCAAUAG